CAAAAAAGCAGCUGAGACGGAGGAGGGGACGGUGCAGAUCCAGGAGGGCUCGGUGGCCACCGGGGAGGACCCCACGAGCGUGGCCAUCGCCAGCAUCCAAUCGGCCGCCACCUUCCCCCGACCCCGGCGUCAAGUAUGUGUUCAGGACCGAGGGCGGCGGCACGCAGGUGAUGUACCGGGUGAUCCAGGUGGCUGACGGGCAGCUGGACGCGCAGACCGAGGGCACCAGCGCCAUCAGCGGCUACCCGGCCACGCAGUCCAUGACACAGGUGGGUCACCUGGCCACUGUGCCACCUGUGCCACCUGUGCCAUCCAUGACACAGGUGGGUCACCUGGCCACGCCCACUGUCCCCUCUGUGCCACCUGUGCCACCUGUGCCAUCCAUGACACAGGUGGGUCACCUGGCCACGCCCACUGUCCCCCCUGUGCCACCUGUGCCAUCCGUGACACAGGUGCGGCACUGUGCCACGCCCUCUGCCACACCCCCCUGGAUCUCACCUGUGCCACCUGCAGCCUUGAGCUCAGCUGUGCCCCUGGGGCUCAUCUGUGCCCCACCUGUGCCCCACUGUGCCCCACCUGUGCCCUUGGGGCUCACCUGUGCCACCUGUGCCCCCAUGUCCCCCCUGUCUCACCUGUGCCCCUGGGGCUCACCUGUGCCUCACCUGUGCCACCUGUGCCAUCUGUGA